AUGCCCAAAAAGGUCGCCAUCAUCGGCGCCGGCCCUUCAGGACUCGUCACAGCCAAAACACUUCUCCACAACUUUCCUGGAGGGACAUUUGCCCCGACUAUCUUCGAGAGUCGCCAUGAAAUAGGUGGUCUCUGGCCCAGCUAUCCCUCCAGCUCCAGUGCCCACAAAACCAAUGGCCCUCCCGGCACCCUGGAUCCAUGGAUGCGCACGAAUCUCAGUCGCUUCACGGUGGCAUUUUCUGAUCUUGCCUGGGAAUCGGUGAUUCCGGAUAAUGAGAUCCCAGUGUUUCCUCAGGCGAGACAGGUGGGGCAGUACUUGAACGCCUAUGCUAUCCAGUACAUCCCACGGUAUGUGCUGAGGCUGGGGUGCGAAGUUAUCCGAACAACGCGGAGAAUUGACUCUGGGAAUGUCCGGUGGAGAGUCGACUGGGCGACGGAGAGUGCCCCAGAUAUUGGGGAUGCGAGUCCAAACAGGCGCGAAAUCUCCUCCGAAGACUUUGACUUUCUUGUUGUUGCGUCCGGGUACUUCGCACGCCAAUAUAACCCCGAUAUCCCCGGGCUGGAUCAAUGGGCCGGCAAGGUCAUUCACAGCUCUGCCCUCCAGAACGGCCGAUGCAAGCUAGUCCUCUGCGGCAAGGACGACACAAUCCCCGGAAAGGUCGCUGUAAUUGGAGGGAGCAUGUCUGGUGUCGAAGCAGCCGCUGCGGUGGCUCUCCAUCAAUCCUCGUCCAUGCUUGCUACAGGUCCCAGGCCAUUAGCCCUACAACAGAAGACAGUACACCACAUAUACUCGAGACCCUUUUGGACUCUGCCAACCUAUCUUCCCUGCGUGUCUUCAAAAGAUGCCGCCUCAUUCUUGCCGCUGGAUCUGGCAAUGUACGACUUGAGUCGUCGACCGCCUGGUCCCAUUGAGUAUGCGCCGGGUCCCAUCCCAGAAGAAAAGGCAGCCAAGACGAACAGCUACUUUCAGUCACUGCUCGGACCGGACUAUGAGCUAUUUGGACACAUGCACCCAAGAGACACGGAGGACCAGACCACUACCCAGUCACCACCCUGGGUAGCCAUAGGCAACGACUAUGCCGAAUAUGUUCGCUCUGGGGCAAUUGCAGCAACGAUGGGCCGAGUCAUUUCCGUGCACUCCGAGCCUGACUCGGAUCUGGCUUCCAUAGAGAUCAAGGGCCCCGGCAGCCAAACAUCAACGUUGGAUGGUAUAGCCGCCAUCGUCAUGGCCACGGGGUUCGCACCGUUCGAGUCUCUCUCCUUCUUGUCUGCCGAAAUCCUCCAGUCUCUAGAAUACUCCGUCGAGGACCCGUUUUCACCUCUGAUUCUCGACAAGGGAGGUACCCUCCGUUCGGAGAUCCCAGACCUCGGCUUCGUCGGAUUCUAUCGCGGGCCCUACUGGGGCGUGAUGGAGAUGCAAGCCAGAUUCCUGGGCGAUAUCUGGAGCAAGGAAAUCACCGGCAUCUCCCCGACGAAUUCCCAGACAGAUGGGCUGCGGAGUCUCCGACAUGCCGAUAUGAGCCUGCGCCGUGGUCAGUUUCCCAUGGGCGACUACGUGGGCUUGAUGGAGUCUUUUGCCAAGGAGCUGGGCAUCAGCCGCAUGGAGCUCGAGCUGUCAGAAGAAGACAGUAAUAGAUCUGGGCCGGUUGUUCCUGCUCGAUACUGCUAUAACAGCGCUGCAUCGCCCGCCACCCAGCACACGGCCCAGACCCAAGGGCAUAGAGAGACGAAACGAACCUUGGAUGCGCUGCGGGCCAGCUUCGUUGAUUACCACUACACUGCGCGCGCGGCGGCUGCUUUGGCGGUUUUUCGAGCUUUGCACGGAUCUUGGGGCUAUACCAAGCAACCUCUAAGUCUUGGCCAUGACGGCCAGCCCGUAUCCGGGACUCUGGCUUUCUAUCCGCGGUACCCGUCUGCUCUAGCAUAUGACAGAGAGUAUGUCUGUAUGGAAAACGAGGAAAUGCAGUCCAUCUUCCGCUUGUCAGAGCGUGGUCCUGAUGGUGCCAGCUCUCGAAUCGAGGUGUGGACGGUGAAUCCGACAAACCCUAAUACAGCGGGCCGACUGAUCCACACUCUGCAUUUGACACCGUUAUACCGGAAGAAGCAUGAUGGUGAUUAUGUCUCUGGGGAAUACGUGAUGCACGGCACGAGUGUGUCUCCAACGACUUCGCAAGAUGAGACCAAUUCUUGUCCUCGCUUUGGGUCCGAGUAUACAUUUCAUUUCCUGGGCAUUUCGAUCAUUUCCUGGGCAUGUGUCACUCAACCCAAGAAUCACAGCGCGAGUAUAGAGAGUCUGGAUGAGCAGAUGUGCCCAACACGAACGAUCUAUAGAAGAGAAGUGGGAUAG